AUGGCCAGUUUCAUCGCAAAGAAGAUUAGCACCAAGAUCCUCGGCGAGACAGUUGAGAACAAAUGGGGUGUUAAGGAUCCCAUGUUUGAACAUGUCCCGGCGACGAGACUCGAUGGCAAACCCAGCAAGAAGAUGAAGAAGGUCAAGAGAGCCAUUCCGCCGGGCAUCUCUGAGCAUGAUGCACAGAUUCUCAACAAGGUCAAGCGAAGGGCCUACAAGCUGGAUUUGAGCUUGUUCAGCAUCGCGGGUGUACGCUUUGGCUGGAGCAGUGUCAUCGGCAUAGUUCCCUUUGCUGGAGAUCUGGUUGACUUCUUCAUGGCCGCCAUGGUCAUCAAUACCUGCAAGAAAGUUGAUGGCGGCCUACCAUCAAGCCUCACUAUGAAGAUGUGGUUCUGGGCUCUGGUCGACUUGGUCGUCGGCUUCAUUCCUUUCCUCGGCGAUGUCUUUGAUGCCGUUAUCAAAGCCAAUGCUCGCAACGCCAUAUACUUGGAAGAACACUUGCGCAAGAAGGGCCAGCAGAAUCUACGUAAGAGUGGCCUGCCUGUCCCCGAAGUCGACCCCAGUGAUCCGUACGUAUUCGACCACCUGGACGAUGAGCCGUCUGGACGACGAAACGGCCACCGUUCCCAGGAGUCCGGCGUCGCAGCAACCCCAGACCUGCCCACGCGACCCAAUGACGCUCGAGUGCGCAAUGAUCGUCGAUCUGGUGGAGGUUUCUUUGGCUUUGGGGGUAACAAGAGUCGCCGCAAUGAUGAGGAAACGGGCAUUGCCAACCACCCGCCAGCACAGAGCUCGACGCGCCGUGCGUAA